AUGUUUCCAGAAGUGCGUGCGGUUUCGCCCAUAGAAAUAACAAAUGAAAUGCAGUUGAAUUUUGCCCUAAUGAUGAAAGAAAGAAAUGGAACCUUUCUGCUGCGUGAAGGUAAAUAUAACUUAAAGAAUUUCAUUGUCCUCACCAACCUUCAGGUGGUCGGUAUAGGACAGCGAGUCGUUUUAAAUUGUAUAGAAAGUUGUGUAUUGCACCAAUCAAAGUGCUAUUUUGAGAAUAUAGUCCUUCCAAAAGGUAGCAGUGGUAUCAUAUGCCAAGGAAAGGAUGCAGCUAUUCACUUGAACCAGUGUGAGUGUUCAGGAGGGUUUGUAAGUUGUGAGGAUACUCCAGAAUGCAACGGUGGACCAGGGUGCAUAGCAGCUUCUCUAGGAAAGCCGGUUUGUGACCGCACUGACAAAUUUGGGGUUCAAAGUUCCGAGUCGGGUGUGGCUGGCUCUCCUGGAAUUCAGAUUUCGAAUGGAAGCUUUGCUCUCAUUGAAAACUGUGUUAUUCAAAACUGCGGAGGUGGAGGUGCUCUUGUAGCUUGCGAAGGUUCUUACUUGGAGGUCAGAAAAUGCGAGAUUCACAGAAAUCAUCAAGCUGGUCUAGAAGCACGGGCAGGAGGUCAACUUUUUGCCUUUAAAAACAGGGUAUUUAAUAAUGGUUACCAUGGUAUUUUAAUUGGUCCGAAUGCAGGAGAAUGUGAUGUCAAUGAAAACAAAGUAUUUGAAAACGCAAAGGAGGGUAUUUUUGUCGGUCGCACCGAAGACAAGAUAGUUCUGAGAAACAACGACGUCCAUCACAACCGCCUUUUCGGUAUUUCUCUCCAGGAGGACCCUCUUUUGUUGGUCAGCAACAACAGAAUAUUCGAAAACGGAUUCUGGGGAAUUCAAGCCCAGUUACGAACUUCAGCGAAAAUAACCAGAAAUGACAUAUCUGGCAACAAAUGUGGUGGAAUUUACAUU